AUGACUGAGGACAACAACUCCUCCAUAACCGAGUUCAUCCUCAUAGGAUUUACAGAUCAUCCGGAGCUGAAGGCCCUCCUGUUUGUAGUGUUCUUUGCCAUCUAUCUGGUUACCAUAGUGGGGAAUCUUGGAUUGAUGGCCUUGAUUUACAUGGAACGCCAACUUCACACACCAAUGUACAUCUUUCUGGGAAACCUGGCUCUCAUGGAUUCCUGCUGCUCCUGUGCCAUUAUUCCAAAGAUGUUGGAGAACUUAUUUUCUGUAGACAGAAAGAUUUCCCUCUAUGAAUGCAUGGCACAGUUUUACUUUUUUUGUUUUGCUGAAACUACAGACUGCUUCCUUUUGGCAGCAAUGGCCUAUGACCGCUAUGUGGCCAUUUGUAGCCCACUGCAGUACCACAUCAAGAUGUCUAAGAAACUCUGCAUUCAGAUGACAACAGGUGUUCUCAUUGGUGGAAACCUGCAUUCAAUCAUUCAUGUAGGACUAUUAUUUAGGUUAACUUUCUGCAAGUCAAAUCAAAUCAACCACUUCUUUUGUGAUGUCCUUCCCUUAUACAGACUCUCUUGCAUUGAUCCUUAUAUUAAUGAUUUGAUGAUACUAAUCUUGGCAGGUUUAAUUCAAAUUUUUACUAUUACUGUAGUCCUAAUAUCAUAUUUCUGUAUUCUUUUCACUAUAUUCACAAUGCAAUCCAAGGGGGGAAGAGGAAAAGCCUUAUCUACCUGUGCAUCCCAUUUCCUCUCUGUGUCAAUGUUCUAUGGCUCUCUGCUCUUUGUGUAUAUUCAUCCAAAUUCAGUUAAUGAAGGGGAUAAAGACAGAGCUGGUGCCGUGUUUUAUACUCUAAUAAUUCCUCUGUUAAAUCCUUUCAUUUAUAGUCUUAGAAAUAAAGAAGUAACAAAUGUUAUAAGAAGAAUAAUAAACAAUAAAAAAUUUUAG